UGGCGACUCCACUCCAGAGCACUAUAAAUACCGACCCGAGGUACUAGUGAAGCCUCCAACACACUCCAACACAAAUCGAAGCAAAGUCAACGGAUUCGACCAUGGACAGCCAUCUCCUCCUGCUCUCCCUCCUAGCGAUCUUCCUCUCGUGCAACGGCGCCGCUCCGCCGCCGGUGUACGACACGGACGGCCUUGAGCUGAGCGCCGACGCGAGCUACUACGUCCUCCCGGCCGUCCGCGGCCACGGCGGCGGGCUCACGAUGGCGCCCCACGUGCUCCGCUGCCCGCUCUUCGUGGCGCAGGAGACCAACGAGCUCCGCAAGGGUUUCCCCGUGCGCUUCACGCCCGAGCAGCAGCAGGGUGGCGACCGCACCGUGCGCGUCUCCACCGAUGUCCGCAUCCACUUCGCCGCCGUGACGACGUGCGUGCAGACCACCGAGUGGCACGUCUCCGGGGACGACGAGCCGACGUCGGGGCGCCAGCAAGUAGUCACGGGCCCGAUCCUGGCCCCGAGCCCGGGCGGGCGGGAGAAGGUGUUCCGCGUCGAGAGCUACGGCAGGGCGAAGGCGCACACGUACAAGCUGGUGUCGUGCAGGGGCUCGUGCCAGGACCUGGGCGUGUUCAGAGACGACAGGGGCUCGUGGCUCGGCGCGAGCGAUCGGGCUCAUGUGGUCGUGUUCAAGAAGGCGCCACCCGUUUAAAGACGUUACAGGCGUGACGCCGUGUUUGCAGCGUGCGUGUGCCGCUGUGCGCACCGAAUAAUGUGGGUGAUUAGCUGUGGGAGAACUUUGGGCUUCUAGGUGACUGGCCCAGGCCCAGCACUGCAGUACGCAUCCAGAUGUAUUAAAGUAAUAAAUGACGCUUGCCCUUGGUCCAAAUCUAAACUACUGGUAAAGCGUUAUAACUUGAAUACUUGAUCUA